AUGGUUCUGGAGAAUUUCCAGAAAUUUCAUGACAACGGAACCACCACAGUUACACAGUCCAAGGUCGCAAGGCCCACUGUGGUGCGAAAGAAAUUUGCGAAGCCACCAGUCAAAGUAGCAUGUCUAGCCUGGUACGUUAUUCCUUUGCUUUAUGAUUCUGGUCAUUACCCCGGAGGUCAACGCCCGGUUUUUGGGAUCUGGACUACGACCAUGCACCGUUCGUGCUUCAAGGACACGCUGCGAUGGACAAGUUCCUUGUUCCAAUCGCCCGGAUUCGAUGAAUCGACGGGCAUGUUUGGCCAAAUCGAUGGGCUGUCGGUACCAGGAGCCGGGCUGAGAAGCUUGGAUUUCCCGUCGGAUGUUCAAUCAAUGUUCGCUGACCUCUUUAUCCCCCAUGAGGCUGGUCAUCCACCUGCACAAAUGGAGCCAACGCCGUCGCCGUCCAACAUAUCAACUCAGUCAUUGGUAAGGACAUACGGCUCUGAACACGACAUACUCAACGCCUACUACGACUUUAUUCAUCAUUAUUUCCCGAUUCUUCCGCCCAGGGCAGCUCCGGCCUCUCCAGACAGACCACUAGAUGCGGUUGGUUCAUAUUCCGAAUCCCCGACAGAAGAACCUCUUCUAUUGUACAGACCACGGUCCCCUCUUAGCCUUGCUUUGUCGGCAGUAUUGGCCCUCAUCCCCCAUCCAAGUGACUUGGAGCCUUCGUCUCCUGCCUCUGUUAUCCGGCGUAGGACAUAUGCACAUACGUUCUCCCAAUUGGCCAACUCCAGCAUCGAAACAGAUUGUGAGCUCCAUGCCUCUUCUACCGACCCUGCACAGGCGCUUUCAAGCGAACGCCCUCUUAUCAAUAGAGAGAACUUCCAUCCCCAUACACCCGUGGAACUCGAAUCUAUUCUUGCGCUCUUGGUUCUCUCCGUGUACGAAUACACGCAGCGGGGAAACCUGCUUAAGAUGCGAUAUCGUGCGGGCCAGGCAUUGGCGAUCGCGCUAGACAUGUCUCUGCAUUCUUUGGGAGAAGAGUACGAUGAAUUCGCGGAAGCUCGAAGAAGAGCUUGGUGGAUGACGGGUCGAUUGUCAGCACAACAGUGA